GUCGAUCGAGCAUAUUUCGUAUAGAGGAUAUUCGUAAGAGACAGAAUGAGAAAGAGAGAGAGAGAGUUAAAUAACAUAAAAUCAGCGGGAAGAGGAAAGCGAGUCGAAGCCACUCACCGGCGCUCGUAAUUUCAACGAGCUCGUAAACUCUGAAUUCACGAGGGGUAGAGAAUCGCGCUCGCUUCUCUCGAUAAUGUCCCCCCUCCUCCGUGGAAAUGGAUCCGUCACGGCCGAUUACCGUGAUCCUAAAGCCGCGUCUCCAUUCGAAUUCUUGGGCGAGAAUAAUUUUCAUCCGAGGAGGGGGUGGGGCGGGGGGAGAACAGACGAGGGUCGCGGACAGACGCAGACGCCACGCUCCGCGCUCGCUCGCUCGCCUGUCGCGCGUUGUUUGGUUUCCAAGGGUCUCUUCUCUCCCAACACUCGCGACGAUCCCCCUUUCCUUCCGUUCUUUGUUCUCUUCGUUAAAUGCCCCGGCCGUUUUGAGCAUCGAACCGAUCGUUUGUCCGCCGAACACUUUCAACGAUCUUAACCCCACCAGAGACCCCAACGUUCUGCGAUGUCGGCCGCUCUCCGAGUGCUUUCUGCGUGACCGUACCAUGCGACUCGUACCAUGCGAACAGGUUUAACGCGUUAUGACGAGGAAUCUAGAACUCCUAUAUCCAGUGAAGACGAUUCUUGCCUCUACUCGGAACUCGAUCUCUUAAAUCCAAGAUAUCAUUCUCAAAAAUCGCUGCACCAGUGUCGUGAUAUCAAAGGGACGAAGGGUAAUUCGCCGAAUCUUCUGAAAACAUCGUCGAGGGAUUCUGAUUACUGUUGUUGUUUCACGCGCAGCGACCACGUCGAGACAAAAUUACUAACCAAGAAAGUAGGUGGAAAAUAUCGUGCGUCGAGUCUUCAAUAUUUUCCAGAUUACAAUCGAAAGAAGCAUGAGGUAACUUUUGCCACGGAGAGGUCUUCAAGCGGGUGCGAGGAUCUUAGCGGGAAGUCUUCGACGAAACUUGGGAGGGAAAGAAGCACGCCGCGAAUAAUACGAGCGAUCCGCCAACGCAGUAAAAAAUUGGCGGUUCCGCGCGAGCCGAGUCCAUCGGUGAUCCACACUGCCCGGUCCCCGCGCCAGGAAAGAUUGAAUCAGGACGAAACGUCGGAGGAUCGAUCUCCUAUAUAUCCAGCGGAGCGGAGGAAAGUUACUUUGAGACGACGUCGACGUUUAUCGAAGCGGCAAAGACCGGUGAACGUGCACAUUUAUCAGGACAGCCGCGUGGUGCAGGUCGGCUCUUUGUCGGAGAAUCAUCGUUUCGCGUCGAAGGGGGUGCAUCUCCAGGAUCAGAGAUCCGAUUUGGCCAGAUACACGAUCAACACUGCGAAAAAUUUGAUUAGAUCGGAGGACGAUACAUCCACUCGACAGGACGACGAUUCGGAUGAUCCCGAACGAGAUAUAAGAACGGGAGAACAGUGGAAACGCGACAGAAGCUUCUUCGGGGAACGAUGUCGUCCCUCUGAUAAUCCCGUUUCCAAACUAAUGGCUCAUUCCAGUCCAGGACGAGACGGUGAUUGCAGCCAGUGCAAGAGAGAAGCGGUGUGUCCGAACUUGGCCUAUCUAAUGCAGCAGAUACAGUCACGACCGAGGGAACGGGGUGACGAUCGCGCAUUCAUCAGUAUAAACGACGGCGAGAAUUCGAAGCGAGUUUUCCCGUUCCAAUCAACCCCAAGCGGUAACCUCAAGAUCCUUCCGAAUCAGGUGGUGUUCGAAUCGAAGAAGGUGAGCGUGCUGGUCGCCGAUCCCAAGCACACGAAGAUCAACGUGAAGGCCGAGCUAAGUAAAUCGGGGAACGAGCUUGGCGGAUGCGUGUCCGAUUGCUCCACGCAUCCGAAACCGAUCGAUCUUCCGUUAGAUGUAUCGUCGUCGAUGAUCAAUCAGUUGCAAACUCACAAAAGGUUGCCAGCUCUCGAGAACGAGUAUAAAUCCACGAUGCAUCCGUUCAAAGCGAAGAUCGGCCAAAUGGAAAGCGCGGAGCAGAAGCAGUCCACGUCGUCGUCGUCCCGCGAAACAUCGAUGCUACAGGAAGUGCCACUCUCCGCACUCGGAUUUACGGGCGAGCAACCAAUCGAUUGGAAUAACAUAAUUCUCCCGGAGAAGACUGACCUGUAUCAGGAGUUGGCAAGGCGUAUCACAAAUUACAAGAACGCCGACUGUAUCGUGCGAAUCGAUCAGGACGAGUUCCAUUGCCACUUGCUCGUGCUUCAGAGCUACAGCACCUUUUUCGACGAGAGGAAUUGCAAGGAGAUCGAUCUCACCGGGAGCGACGUGUCCUCGAGAGCGUUCUCGCUCAUCUACGAUUGGAUGAUCAGUCCACAGAUCGAAAGUUACCGCCUUCUGCAGAGGGACAAUAUUCUGGAAAUCUUCACCGCCUCUCAAUAUCUCGGAAUUAAAGAAUUGGAAGAACAAUGCUGGGCUUUCAUCGACAACGACGAAUUGUUCAGCGAGGACACCGCGUUUUUAUUGUACUUGGAGGCGAAGAAAGUUCGUAACACAGCUGUUAUGGAGCUGAUGGUGCCGAGAAUUAUGAAAUUCUUCUUGAUGUUGGUCAGUACCAAAGACUUCCUCGACUUGGCCGUGGACGAACUUUGCCUUUUGUUGAAGUCCAACUACAUUUCGGUCAAUAGCGAGAUGGAGGUUCUCAUGUCCGCCGUACGAUGGCUGAUGCACGACUGGGCGAACAGGAAAGAGAACAUGUUGGAAGUUCUGAAAUGCGUUCGUUUCGGAUUGAUCGCGCCGUGGCAGCUGGUCGACGUGAAGAGAAAUCCCGAGAAUCCUGAAUUUAUGGAACUCAUGUCUUCGCCCGAUGUCCAAAAAAUGGUCGACGACGGGCUAGCUUUCGUCAUUAUAAAAUAUUGGUACGGCAAUCAAACGGAGGAUUACUAUCACUGGAUCGACUUACUGGGACUCACGGAACCGACCAAUCGAAACUGGGCUGGAGAGGACAAGAAUUAUGUGACGUAUCGAGAAUUUUUACUUUAUCUCGAGGAGUAUCAAAAAACAAAACUUUCCGAGUUGAAGAAGAGAAGAAAUUACCAGAAAUCUCUCAAUUCCCCUCAUAACGAUUACACAUUUACGAUGUCCAAAGGGCCGAACAACUUUGUCCAGAGUUCAGGGAAAAAUUGUUUAGGCGAUACUGGUGUUAUUCACGGGACAACGAUGCACACUAGACAUUCGAAACAAAUACCAUCGAAUUAUUUACAAAUGGAGAUGCCAGAGGGCAUGAUGAUACCACCGAAAUUCAUGAACGAAUAUAUAAACAACGUAGAGAAAAGCAAAGGGAACGACGAGAGGAGCGUAGCCUUCGACACGAGAUUCACCGGUGGAGGGGAAUCGCUCUCUCAGAAGCUGUACAGGUCGACGGUCGAGAAAUACACGCAGGAGCAGUGCCAGCGCGGCGUGAAUUCAUCGAACGUCGAUAAAUUGGAUUACGAGAACCGGCGCGAGAAGAACACGGCGGAUGUUUGCCGGUGCCAGCAGCAGCAGCGCGAGUCGAAUUUCAUAUUUUCCGUGAAGAAGCAGCACCCGACGAGACGUAAGUUCCCGAUGGAACUGGAAGAGCGUACAGACUCCGGCAAAUCCGAGGUGGAGGCCGCAACCACGAUACAGGCAGUUUAUAGGGGUUACAAGACUCGGAGGAAGAUCGAUGAAAUAAGAAAAUCAACGUCAGAGGAGAAGCGGAAUGUGAAGAAGGUAGCAGAACUUUUGUCUAUUCCAAUGGACGAAACGCUACGCAAUUCCUCGAUGGAGCCGAUCAGAAUUUCAAGCACUCCGGUAAAUCAAAUGAGAAGCGAGAAGGAGGAGAUAGCCCAACUGCACUCGUUGAGCCCAAGAAAUAAAAACAGAGGACAGCCGAUCCUUCAAAAUCAAAGUAAACGUUGCGUCGAGGAUCAAAUGAAUCAAUACGAAAUGCGUGGUUCUGGUUACACGAUCAACGAGGAACAACGAAAACAGCAAGUUUCUCAAAAUUUAACGGCUCAACGGGAAACGUUAAAAUCUAUCAAGAUGAUAAAAUCGCCCAUGUUUUUCUCGAAAUUCGACGAAAGAAACAGUUCCUUGUCGAACACGGAUACCGACGAUCUUUCCUCUCCGCGAAUCGAAUUAAAAUCGACGGCAACGAAUAUCCAGCAGAAUGUUUCUGGCGAGAAAAACAACGAAAUGAAUUAUCCCGAUGGUGACAAUAUUCAACGGCUCAAACCCACCAUCAGAAAUGUUCAGAUUCGAGCUAUGACGAGCUAUAAACGACCUCUCCCACAAAAAAUCAGCGACAGCAUGAUAGCAACCAACGAUGCCGGUUACUUCUUCGACAACUCUUUGUUCUUUCCUGACAGAGAAUCGGUCCUCGUGUUCGGUGGCGUCGAUCCCCACGAGGAAUAUGGCCGACCCGGGAAUACCGGCAAGGACAUAUACAGGUUUAAACCUGAUCAGAACAUUUGGGAAUUCGUGGGGGAAAUUCCACGAGCGAGGCAUCAUCAUUCGGUCGCUUACUUAAGAGGUCGCAUUUAUAUAGUAGGUGGAGCCGAUCCCUUAGAAGACAAACUUCAUAGGAAAAGCUUCGCGGUUGGAAGCGUUUGGAGUUACGAUCCAACUACCAGGACUUGGUUCAAUGAACCUGGCAUGCUGACAGCUAGAAAGGACUUCGGAUUGGUGGUCAGCCACGGGAAAAUGUACGCGAUAGGAGGGCAAGGAAGGAACGGGAUAGCUUUGAAAACGGUGGAGGUUUUCGAUCCAUCGGACUCCACGUGGAGAGAGGUGCAAUCGAUGCAGAUCGCCAGGGUGGGACCUGCCACUGUGAAAUAUCGAGAUCUUAUCUGGGUCGCUGGCGGAAUGACAAAAUCGAAGAAGGAGCUAUUCUCAAAGGAAGUGGAGUGCUACGAUCCGAUCAAAAAUUUAUGGCUGAAAGCGAUACCUUUGAGGUCACCGAGGUGCUUUGCCUCCUUCUACGUGAUAUCCGACUGUCUUUACGUGAUCGGCGGAGCAUCGACCACGGAAAACGCCACUCAGAGUAUCGACAGCAUCGAUGUCUGGGAUGGAAACGAUUACGUUUGGAGAGAGCACACGAAUAUGUCGAUCGCGAGACACGGACAUUCCACUGGUUCUAUAGGUGAUCAAUUGUUGAUAAUUGGCGGAGUAACCACGGUGUUUAUGAAAACCUUGAAUAGCGUUGAAUGUUAUUGUUGCGAUAUGGGGAAAUGGAUGAAAGGUGUAUCCGCGUUGCCGCAUCCGGUUUCCGGUCACGGAACCGUGUCUUUACCACCGGCAAAUCUUUUAAUAAAUCGCUGAUAGCUGUGAAAUAAAAAUUGACAUGUUUCUUUAUAUGUUUGUUGUGUUUGAUAAUCAAUGUAUUUGAGUAUUUAUUAUAUCAUUACCAUUUGUAUUUCAUUAUUUCUAAUUAUAUAUCAUACCACUUUUA